AUGGCUGAAGGUGGAGACAGUGGAUUUUCCGGUUCGGCGCCACUUUCAACGCAGCAGUUGAUGAAGCAGAUGGCUGAUCAGAAUGCACGGUUAUUACUUCUCCUGGAGCACUUGGCCAAUCCACAAGCAGUUUCGGCGACAGCUCAGCAAAGCGCAGAACAGAUCGUUGAAUCAUUAUCAUCAGCGAUCAAGGAGUUCCACUACGAUCCUACAGUAGGAAUGACUUUCGACCGUUGGUUCAGCAAAUUCGAAAAUCUUUUCAGAGCAGACGGCAGAGGACUGGACGACCAAGCGAAGAUUCGUUUAUUACUGCGAAGUCUAAGCGUUACAGUUCACGAAAAAUUUAUCAACUACCUUCUGCCGCAGCACCCGCGUGAUUUUACGUUCGACCAGGUCGUGGCGAAACUAAAGGUGAUUUUCGGUCAACAGAACUAG